GUUCUCUUGAUUAUCAUGAAAUACUUUUAAAAUUUUUUUAUCAAUUAAAAAUAUGUACUAUAUUAAAUAUAGGACAAAUCAAAAUGUAACCAGAGGGAGUAAGUGCGAAGGAACCAUCGGUCAAUACUCCUAUAUGGAUAGUACUCCUAUAAAGAAUCUCCGCAGACCGCAUUUUCUUGUAAUAGAUAAACCCUAAUUAUCCUCUACCGUAAAAAAAAUAACAACCUCAAACAUGACCAACAACGUGGCACUGCAUCCUCUUCUUCUCACGCUGACGGCUCUCUUGAUUGGAAACCUAGCAGCAAAAGAAGAAGACAACUCUUCCGUAAAAUCAAAAAAGUAUUACGAGCCAUACGAAGUUGUCAAUCAAUUCUGCAAAAAUGUUUUAGAAAGGAAUCAAUUGAAAAAGCUAACGAAAUCAUACACCGCUUCCUCACAACUUCCUCCAAGGUCCACCACAACAAGUCAAUGUACAGCCUUAAAAUCGGCCCUGAAGAACUGUGUUUCUGUUUAUGAAGAUGGAAUCCAAAAGCUGAAGAUGAUACCCAAUGGAGGUCGAUCCGGAGUUCGAUAUACUUUAGGCGAACGACGAUGCUUUGCUGGUCACUGA